UUCUCUUUACAAGAAAUAUUCUAUUUAAAUGGGUGAUGGAGAAAAGAACUGAGAAAUUAACAACAGAGCCAUUCAAGCACAGAAUGGGUGGUUCCAGAAGUAUCAUUCCUGUUCUGAUCAUGGUUGCUGUGAUGAUGGAGUACUCGUCACCUUGGGUUUGUGGGUGCUUCACUACUCCAAGAAUUCAUGUUAGAGUGCAAAACAAGUUGGGUGAAGGAAAGAAAUUGUAUUUGCACUGUGCAUCAGCGGACGAUGAUCUUGGAAAGCAAUCACUGGACUUCAAUCAGGAAUUCACAUGGACCUUCUGCCAAAAUAUUUGGACUUCCUCUCUCUUCUAUUGUGACUUCUCAUAUGUAAGGGAUGGAAAAAAUGUAAGCACUCAUGGAGACGUUUAUUUUGCAGAAAGAGAUUAUUGCACGGACUGCACUUCUCUUGUUGGACCUCAAGAGGUUUAUGUUGUAGACACAAAGAACCCUAGUGACUCCAAACUUGUAGCAAAAUGGCCUUAGUUAGAUCGAUCUAGAGAUAGAGAGCAUGGGAUAAGUUUAAUUAAAUGGUUUCUUAAUAAAUAUAUGGAUCACUGUUUUGAACUGUUUUAGUUUGUCA